UGCCGACCUAUUCCGACUUUGCAUCGUGUUUUCGGUAUCGUGAAGCGAGGUAGAACGAGGUGGGUUUUUGUUCCACCUCCACUAGUGGUGCACCUCCCCUCCGCCCGCAACUGAAUAGCCAACGUUCUGUCAUUUCCGGUGAAGUCCUAUCAAGGUUGACAUGAUACUCACUACACUUCUUUUUGUCCCUCUGCUCACGCUGGUCGUUUCGAGUCUUCCAAUUUUGCCGGACUCCGAGCUGUAAGUCCAUUUAUUUGCUCCGAGGGACAACUGUGAGUGACUGUCGUAGGAUGUCAGCAGAAAUGCAAGAGUCUGCGCAAGUAGUUUUUCGUUUGCAUUCAUCACAUCCAGAUGACUUCCAUCACGACGCUCUCUUGGACAUCGGGGCCACGUCCGCUGCUGCAGAUGAUGGCUACCUUUCGUUUGAUGCAGUAUACGGGCCGACUAUCGUAGAAGGUCUUCGGCCUUUUGGUCAACGGAUCGCAACUGUGGUCGGCUCAGGAGAUGAAGUGCCAACUACGCACAACCUCCCAGACCUCGUCACUAAAUAUGGGAAGGCAGAUUUCUUGACUUCUGCUUCUACCCUCUUCCUCAUCUUCUCAUGCGCUAUUGCGCUGCUUGCACUGGCCUGUGUGGGCCUAAGAUUGUAUGCCAUCAAACACUUACAUACCCAAAUUCUUUGGUCUCACAUGGCUUGGCAAAGUCUGCCCCAUGUUGAAAAGCAUGCAGUGUUAUCUUCCUGCAGGAGAAAUUCAGACACUGGAACAGCUAUAGCAGUAAUGCAGAGCGCACUGAAUGAGAAAUCCGAGGAACCCCCGUAUUUCAGUGCUGGCACGUCCGCUCUAUUGUCCUAUGUCUCCAUCACCACCUCCGAUGCCUUAGAAGAAGACUCAGAGGACGAAAAGUUCCACGAUGCUGUAGACAUUCCGUCGUCUCUCGGCGUGCAAGACCUUCCGUUACCUGAUUCACCUUCGCGGGUUCUUUCUUUAUCACCCAUCACAACGGCACUUGACCCUACCCCAGAUGAUCGAUUCACUCCUCCACACGCAUGUGUACACCCAGCAAUAGAUCCUGAAGCUCGUGAACCCCCUGCGCGUCCAUCCUGGUCUGUGCGGGCCGCUAGUUCUGUUCCUGCACCUCCUUUGUCCCCGCUUAUCCAUCCUCGCAGUCGCGCAUACCGCGCUGUGCCUGAGUUUGAUGUUGCUCUAGCGAUGCAGCUCAGGCCAGGCCGCGGCGUUGGCGCUGACCCAGCGUGGAUGGUGCGCUUCUUAAUGGCUAUUUUUGGAUGGUUUGCUGUUGCGCUUACAGGAAACCAAUAAUUCUAGUGCAGGUUGGAAUUCUAUUUGUAUGCCCGCCGACCCUGACCUGCCACGAGGUUCCGGUUUAUGACUGCUAUUACAGGGCGUAGGGGUGCUGUGCUCCCUGAAACUUCUGUAUAUUUGUGAAGAAAUCUGUUACAUGGAAGGAACAUUGCAGUCGCAUCAACAGUAUAUUCAUUCCUAUGCCAUCAAUUAUCUUGCAAUUUUGAUACCUUCCAUGACACCCUAUGACACCCUAGUUCGCUCCAUAGCAAAAUGGUUCAAAGUUUAUUCUGUGAUCAACUUUCUCGACCACAUCUUUCCAACCGCAUUGUAACCGAACUCGACAGCAUGUAACUUGUUACUUGAGUACAUACGUAAUUGCGAUCUGGCAUGUAAGUUUAGCAAUUUCAAAUGAAUUUCCUUCUUCUCCGAGUC